AGACGCAUGCCAUCUGCUCAGCUGUUAUUACAGGCGGCUUUAGAUUUAAACUAGCACAACCUCUGUUCGUCCCUUUCGCCUACAAUUUAGUCUCAGUAACUUCUUAAACAUAGUGCAUCAUACCAUGUAGUCUAAACUAGAACAGGGGCAACUUGAGCUGUUUUUCAUCCUUUUAUCUCUAAAUUACACAGUCUAUAUUUUAACCUAACGGUGUAUGGUUGCCUGGUGACGUCAGCGUCCCAGCAGCAAGAGUCCCUUUUUUUUCCUUUUUUUUGGGAGCUGUGGAAAGAAAUCAAACGAAGAUGCUUUUCACUCUCACCGGACUGCAGCCGCCGCUCAGACUUUCUGUCCGGAACACUCGACCACAUGUGUAAAGGUGUGUUGGACGAUGUUUCGGAGAGUGGCGGUGUUAAAGAGAGCCGACGAUGAAAACGUGGACUCCGGAGCUGAAACUGCCGAAUCUGACUGCAGCAGGAUGUCAACAUCUGGCAUUGAGCUCAUGACCAGGCGGGUCAGGCAGCAGCAGCCCCUGCUAAUGAACCUGCAUCUGCUGGCCAACCCUGGAGACUCACUGCUGCUGCAGCACACCCUGGAUCGCCUUCUCCGCUGGCUCUGCCCAAGCCUCCGCAUCUUCCAUGUGUCAGAGAGGGCUUCUCCAUAUAGAAGUUACACUCGCCUCAGUCCUGUGGCAGGCUACCCUUCUCUGGCUAUUACCUUCUUCCUCCAUGAGGCUUAUGGAGAGGAACGGAUCCUCAAAGUGCUGGAUUUCUUCCAGCGUCCGCCCUGGCAUUACCAUCACACAGAGAGCUGCGGCAGCCGAACCGGAGGAAUCCACAUUACCUCGAGCAGUUCCCCAUCCAACCCCCUGCUGCGGCCCUACCUCCUGCCCAGCCGAGACUUUUACAGCCUGGGUGCAGGGAUGCCUGUGUGGGGGGUUCGACCAGUGCACUGUGGAGGAGAAAUACUGCGUGUGACACUAUACAGUGGAUAUGACAACUAUGAGGAUGCUGUGCGGCUGUAUGAGACGGUGCUGCAACAACAGGCAGAGGAGCAGAAGACAGGUUUCUGCUGGUUCACCCUCCACAUUGAGCCAGGGCUGUGCCUGCAGCUUGCUUUAAAGCAGUUGUCACCAGGAGUUCGGGUGGAGCCGUGCAGCUCUGCUGUGCUACAGUUUAGUGUGGAGGAAAUCGGCCAGCUGGUCCCUCUGCUGCCCAACCCCUGUACCCCCAUCAGCACCACACGCUGGCAGACGGAAGACCUGGAUGGAAACAAAGUUCUCUUCCAGGUGAAAACCCCAGCUCAGCCUCCGCGACCCUUAACCUGUGCUUUCCCCCUGACCUGCCCCAGCGUGUCCCCUCGAGGAAUGCCGCUCAGGAGCUCAGGACAGGGCCACAGCCUGUCGCCCUGCAACCUCACGACUCCCCUGCCCUGGCAAACACACAGGCAAGGUCACAGACCGCGCAGUGACCCAGUCCUGGACAAGCUUCACGGAAGUGGUGGAGCAGAGAGCCUGGGAUCAGGCAGCUGCUGUAGCACCCCUCCAGGCAGCUCCUGCUACUCAUCCCAGCGCAGCAGCCCAGCCCUGCCUUCGACCUCCAAUCACCCUGACUCUCCUCUGCGCCCCUCCAUCACCCGCUCUCUUUCACAUCUCCUUCUGGAAGAGGACGAGGAGGAGGCGGAGACCAACGUAGACACAGGAGUCCCCGUCUCGCCUCGCUCUGACACAGCAGUCAAAGCGAUUACUCGCUCUUCUUCCAUGGACCUUUGGAUGACUCUCCACUCGGAGAGACCUGCAGCUGUCGGGGCUUCAGGUGCUGAGGGUCUAGCCAAGGAACUGAGUGAAUGUCUGCCACGAACAAACAAACGCCCUCAGGGGCCCUCCAGGACAUGGGGCUCUGCUGGUUGUAUGAAUGAAGCCAUGAAGGGUUGUGGCAGCAGGACAGUGGUGCAGAAAGACAGGACUACUGCUGAAAAACGCACCAAGCCGCUGUCAUCACACAUAAACAAUGAGGAGCCCGUAGAUGAGUUCUUCAUCUGAAUUUCUGCCACUACGCCGCACGUGUGGUAAAAAUCACAGUCAUCAUCUCAAGAUGUAGCACAUGGAGGAGAUUGCAGCAAAGGUGGGACAAGAUGAGACCCUUUAAACAGAAGAUCUGAAGGUAUACAAGAAAACAGAGCUGUAUAGUUUGACAAAGGAAACCAAAGUUCAGCUGUGGGGGACAUUUUCCAGUCGAAAGUAUCUUGUAAAUCCUUAAAAUGGUUUGACCUGUACCAUAAAUCGACAAAUUGUAACAGCAAAAUCCCACAACAUCAGAUCUGCCAAGAGAGCAGAACAUGGUGAAUGAUAUUUUGAAGACAGUGCAGGUAUUAAUAUUGUUGAAUGUCUAAUUUACUUUUAUAUAUUUAGGUCCAACUUAUUGUUUGUGCAGCUAUUGUGUUAAAGUGUAGCCAUAUGAGUAGGAAACUGUAUGUGUUACUGUCAGGGUACUAGUGCCAGUCUACGUCUCCGUCACUCCCUCCCACCCACCCAGGCAAGUUAAUGUCUUAUUUUUCGAUUGCCUUUGAGACGGAUGAUGAUCUCAGCAUGGAGGCUCUUUUAUGUCUGCGAUCAUCGUGAUUAGAAAUCUGAUUUAGUCUGAUUGCUCUCCACAGUGCAGCACCAUCACUCUGCUUUACUUAGUAAAAGUAGCCCGUUGGCUUUUGAUUACAUUUGUUCAAUUGCACUUCAGAUGAUUUUUGCUCUAGAUUUGUGUUAAAAUGUAGAAGUGGUGGACUACGAAUUACUGUAAUCUCACAUCUUUUUCCUCUCAUAGCCUAGAGUUAACAGGAUUUUCUAAAGAAUUUAAAGAGAAUAUUUGGACUUCACAGAAACAUUUUUGUAAUUUUUUUUUAUAUUGAUGUAACCAUUAGUAUGUAAAGUGUCUCAAACAGACCAAAUGUGUCCAAAGCCUGAGACCUUAGAAAUGUUAAUUACUGUAAAACCACAGUAAACUGAGGGAUUGGCAGACAGUGAGAGAUUAAGUGAAAACUGAAGUACUGCACUUAAACAGAUGGUAGUCAAACACACCUUUUGUACAGUGUUUGAUAGAGCUGUCAAUAGAUCAGGAAUACUCAUGACUAAUUGUACUGUAUCAUGUGGGGAAAGGGAAAUACUAUGCAUGUAAUGACUGAAUCUCAUGACACAGGUCAUACUCAUCUCUUCUACAACAGUUACCUCAUCGGUCGCUGUUUGGCCACAUUUCAAGUGUGGAUCUUCUAAAUUAACCUACUAAACAGAUAAACCUGAAUCUGUUAAACGCU